AUCUUUCAACGAGGAAUCUACGAUCCCUUUUUUGUGCUGCCGCAAAAAUCGUGGAGAAGAAAACCGAAAGAGAGACAGUGGAAAGACUAGGAAAAUGCUGUGGACCGUUCCAAGUUUCUUCUUCUUCGCCGGCUUCUUUAUGGACUGCGUAUCUGCUGGUGACCAAUGCAGAGAGGAACGGAGCAUAAAUGGGAUGGCUCUACAGGGAUUCGUCUUUAAAAAGUUCUCCGUAAGAGCCUUUCAUGAGUGUGACAUCAGCUGUGAAAGAGAACUCACCUGUCAAAGCUAUAACUACGUCGUGGGGGAAAAUUCAUGCGAACUGAAUAACCGCACCAAAGAGGCAAGACCUGAGCAUUUCCGGUCAGACCCGGCACGUGUUUACCUAAGACGUUUGAGCAACCGGGCUCCUCUGGGUUCCAUUCCGGAGCUCCCAGCGCACUCGUGUCAGGAAAUAAAGGCGAGCGAAGGCAAAGACAGCAUUAGCAGCAAGUACUGGCUUGAUCCAACCGGAAAUGGAACAGCAGUUUUGCUUCAUUGCGACAUGAACUUAGAAGACGUCGAUGAAUGUAACACCGGCAACCAUGACUGUGACGUGAAUGCAAACUGCACCAACACUGUUGGCGGACAUAACUGUACUUGUAAGGAAGGAUUUGCUGGAGAUGGUCGUUCGUGCUCGGAUAUCGAUGAGUGCAAGAAAGGAGACCAUGACUGUGACGUGAAUGCAAACUGCACCAAUACUGCUGGCGGACAUAACUGCACUUGUAAGGAAGGAUUUGCUGGAGAUGGUCGCUCGUGCUCGGUUCUGGCGUCCUGCAAGGAACUGUACGACGUAUACAAGCCCAACGUGAGUCAGCUGGUUACGCUCUACAUUGACUCAAAACCAAUUUCUGUUUUCUGUCACAUGGGAAAUUUUGGAUGUGGAGAUGGAGGGUGGACACCGGUCAUGAAGAUUGACGGAAACAAGAACACUUUUCAUUAUAGCUCGGUGUACUGGAGCGAUAAAAAUGAAUUCAACCUUCAUGGAGGGGAGACGGGGUUUGACAAACAAGAGACCAAGCUACCUACCUACUGGAACACAUCCUUUUCCAAGAUCUGUCUUGUUAUGAAGAUCGGCCAACAGAUAAACUUCAUUGUCAUUACCAGGGAGGCCACCUCUCUGUAUUCACUUAUCGCUGACGGGCAGUACCGCGCCACUACAGUGGGCCGUAACACCUGGAAGAAGCUGAUUGGUCCUCAGGCCUCAUUGCAGUUCAACUGUAACAAGGAAGGGUUCAAUGCUGUAGGUUCUUCUGAAUACAAUUCGAAAGCAAGAAUCGGCAUCAUUAGUAACCAACAAAAUGACUGCCUAUCCUCUGAUUCCAGAAUCGGGUUUGGUACAGGAGGGAAAUACGAUAACUCCAACACCUGUGGUAAUGAAGCAACGCGCUCACCAGAUAAUGGCAUCAGACACAUCAGAGCCAUGGGAUACAUUAUUGUACAGUGAGAAGGAACUGAUGAAGUGACGGCGAGAGCCAUUCAGUUCAUCGAUAUACUAAUUUUAGUAACAAACACAUCGAAGUCGUGUCAGUUCCAGUUUUUCUUUUUAUUCAGAAUGUUUAUUGAAGUUAGUUUUUUAGGCGUUGCUUUAAAAAAAAAGGUUCCCAUAUUAUAGACUUUGCGUGUCGGGUAUUUAAAAUGGAAGGUUUAGUACAUUUAAUACACUAAUAUAACAUAAGUUGGGUCACGACAGUUUUUAGUAUUUUUCAGCGACUUUUUGAUUGGUUCCCAUACAACCACUCUCUUUUGAU